UUCUCACCUUACAACAUUACAUUACUUUACAGCCUUCUUAGCAAACAACUUAGGUUCUAAGCCAAGAUCCUCCUCACUUCUCUCUAAAACUCACUCUUCUUUCAUUUUUAAACCCACACCUGAUCAUCUUCCUUGUUCACUCCCCACUCACCACCAUGUCCAUACCUUACUCUCUUCUCCUUCUCCUCUGUCUCAUCACCACAGCAACCUCAAUUGUUACUGCGGGCAGGAAAACCACCACCAGUAGGCACAAUAGAUUCAGAGAAGCACCGCAAUUUUAUAAUUCCCCUGAUUGUCCAUCAAGAAUAACAGAAGAAGAAGAUGAAGAAAAUGAAGACGUCUCAAUGUUCUGUUCAGAUAAUAGCGUACACGUAGCAAUGACGUUAGACGCAGCUUACCUUCGAGGUUCAAUGGCAGCGAUUCAAUCAGUUCUUCAACACUCAUCAUGCCCACAAAAUGUUGACUUUCAUUUCGUUGCUUCAGUUUCUACCGACACUCAAUACCUUUACAAUACCAUCUCAAAAUCAUUCCCAUACCUCAGAUUCCACAUCUACCGAUUCGAUGACUCGGCUGUGUUAGGACUAAUCUCUACUUCAAUUCGUGCCGCGUUAGACUGCCCGCUAAAUUAUGCUCGAAAUUACUUAGCAAAUUUACUACCGCUAUGUGUACGUCGAGUUGUUUAUCUCGAUUCCGACCUCAUCUUAGUCGACGAUAUCGCUAAACUCGCAGCGACUGAACUUGGGGAAGAUACAGUUUUAGCUGCACCGGAAUAUUGUAAUGCGAAUUUCACGACGUAUUUUACACCGACAUUUUGGUCAAACCCAUCCUUGUCGUUAACGUUUGAAGGUAGAAAAGCUUGUUACUUCAACACUGGAGUGAUGGUGAUAGACUUAGAGAGAUGGAGAGGCGGAGAUUAUACUCGAAAGAUUGAAGAAUGGAUGGAAUUACAAAAGAGAAUGAGAAUAUACGAAUUAGGUUCUUUACCGCCAUUUUUACUUGUUUUCGCUGGUAAUAUCGCUUCAGUUGAUCACAGAUGGAAUCAGCAUGGUUUAGGUGGUGAUAAUUUCAGAGGAUUAUGUAGGGAUCUUCAUCCUGGUCCUGUUAGUCUUUUGCAUUGGAGUGGUAAAGGUAAGCCUUGGGUUAGACUUGAUGCUAGUCGUCCUUGUCCGUUGGAUGCUCUGUGGGCUCCUUAUGAUCUUUUACAAACCCCAUUUGCUCUUGAUUCUUAAUGUGAUGCAUGGAUGAAGAAAGAAAGAUCAUUGAAGACAGAUUCAUAAGAGGCUGCUGCAGCAUGUCAGAAAUGAAAAAGGGGUAGAGUACAUCUGAGUAUUAAUUAGUCAGAAAGAAGAAGAGAAGGGUGAGUCAAAAGUAUUAACUAGUACUGUUUCCCUCUCUAGAUCUUUCUCUGUCUCUGCCAUUAAUAAUGAAAGACAGAAUAGAGAAGAAAAUGGAGAUCAGAUCUUCAUAUUAUAGAUGAUUUUUAAGAUGAUCCACAUACACUAGCUUUUGAAGGACAUUUCUUAUAAUAUAUACUCUGAAUAAAGGGAAAUCUGUUCAGAAUUUACAGUGCCUUUUCUUCAUUUGGGUUAUGGGAUUGAGAUCAUGAUCAGUUUAGAGGUGCAAAAGGUAAGAAAUUUUCGUUUUCAUUUUUUUUUUUUGGUUGAAAUUCUGUAAAAAUUGAAUAAAGACAAUAACAGUAUAUGAGAAUGAAUUUUUUACAAGUAUAUUAGAAGCAUGUUAUUAAUAUUCUCUUCCAAUUAUU